AUGCAACUGCCACUUAUUAUCUACGCUUUCAUAGUCUUCUUGCGCGUUGGUGCCUCUCCAACUCCUGCCAAUGCAUUAUCACCUCGUGGAUCGACCCGCGACGACGGCGGACUUCCUGGCGACAAUCAAACCCAGCCCCCCAUAAACGGACACGAUCCAGGCGAUGGUUCUGGCCCUGGCAGUCGCAGAGAACCACGCGAGAGCCAUACCCAAUUUGGCUCCCGCCACCACAAAAAACCACCCUAUUGCGAGCCACCUUGCCCCUGA